ACAAAAAAUCAGUUCACAACAAACGCCGCUUCGGGCUGUUUACGACGGAUUUCGGAUUUUUCUCGCGAAAUAGUUUCUUUUUUCGACUGCCGGUAGUCGCGUCUUCGUUUACCAAUGGCUAACCGCACCGUGAAAGAUGCCAAAAAUGUCCACGGAACCAAUCCACAGUACCUGAUAGAGAAAAUCAUCCGUUCUCGCAUUUAUGAUUCCAAAUACUGGAAGGAGCAAUGUUUUGCCCUCACGGCUGAGCUGCUGGUAGACAAGGCCAUGGACAUUCGGUUCGUGGGCGGUGUGUUUGGAGGAAACAUCAAACCGACGCCGUUUUUGUGUCUAACGCUAAAGAUGCUGCAGAUCCAGCCUGAAAAGGACAUUGUGGUGGAGUUUAUCAAAAAUGAGGAAUUCAAGUAUGUCAGGGCGUUGGGAGCUUUUUAUUUACGCUUAACGGGAUCUUCGCAGGAUUGCUACAAGUAUUUGGAACCAUUGUAUAACGACAACCGGAAGUUGCGACGUCAGAAUCGUAUGGGUCACUACGAGCUGGUCCAUAUGGAUGAGUUCAUCGAUGAGCUGCUGCGGGAGGAACGCGUUUGCGAUAUAAUACUGCCUCGAAUUCAGAAGCGCCUAGUGCUGGAAGAGAACAACGAGCUGGACCCGAAGGUGUCGGCUUUGGAUGAUGAUCUCGAUGAGGAAAUGCCCAGCGAUGACGAGAAUUUGGAAGAGAUUGCCGAGGCGCUGAAAGCAAAGGAAAAGGAAAAAAAGUUGGAAACAAUAAGAAUUCGAGACAGCCGACGGGACCGGUCCGGCUCCAGGGAAAGGCAGGCAGAAAAGACGAAAGAUUCCGGCGCCUACAAGGAACGGGGUGCAGAUCGUUACCGGGAUUAUGACCGGGGCCGUGAGCGGGACUACGAGAGAAGAGAGUCCCCGGAUAACCGUUACAAAGAUCGCGAGAUGAGGGAGAAGGAGCGGGAUCGAGAACGGCGACACGAAAGAGAUCGCAAUGAUAGAAAUGACGAUCGGAACCGUGAUAGGACCCGAUACGAUGACCGAGAUAGGGACCGCAAUCGUGAGCGGGAACGAGUCGAUAGGGGCGGAGACCGGGGAGGACGCGAAAGAGACAGAGGAAAUUACGAACGUGAAAGAGAUCGCGAACGGGAUUACGAUCGACGAAGGCGCUAGGCGAAGGGCAAUAAAGUUCUUGAUGUUUCUCGUGUGUGAACACUCAAUCA